UGUUGACCUUGAAUAAAGUCGUCAAUUGGAAUAGAGAAAGCCUUUCCUAUAAAUUCUGGAAUUUGGUCCUCAGUUGGGAACCCAGUGUUCUUUAGUUGGGACGUUCUAUACUUCACUUAUAAUAAAUAAAACUCAACUUUACUAAAACAAUUAUAGUAAAUCAGCAAUGAGGUCGCUACUUUUGUUGACUUUGGUGAGUAUAAUCGAAAGUGCUGUGUUGGAUCCAGCUCUAUUUCUGGCCCCGAGUCCACCGCUUAGUACAACACAAGAAAAUGUCCCGGAAAAUAUAUGGAAAGGGACAAUGGAGGCCAGGAUGAACAAACGUGUCGACAUUAUAGCGGAUAUGCCUAAAAAAUCUGUGGAGUUAAUGGAAGGAGCUGAAACAUUUUGGCCUUCAUACACGGCGAGGUUAAGAGGAAUUCAUAUUCCACUGACUUAUCAUUUAACAGGAACUUAUGGGGGGAUGUAUGGCGGUACCAGUGGUAGUGUAUUAGCUAGCAGUUACAUGAGCCCUGGUAUUGGUGGCCUUAGAGGAGUUCUAGCUGGAAAUAGUGGAACCGGUGUAAGGGUUUUUGCAAGUGCACUAGGACCAUCUUGGAGCGGAUGGGGAAAUGGCAAAUGGGGACAUUACGGCAAAGGAUAAUUUUGAUAAUUAGAAAUAUAGAACCUAUAUUUUCUGUUAAAACAAUUGAUGAUAAAUUUGUAUUUUUUUUCGCAUAAACUAUUAUUAUACUGUUACCCUUAAUAUUUCGUUUCAUCAUUUUAAUACAUCUGCAGAACACGUCGUUAAUACUCUGUUAAUUUGUUUAUAUUAACAAAUCAUUACCACAGGAAAUUAAA